GGUUAUAAUGCUACAGUGGAGUUUUACUGGGCACCAUUUUUGGUGGAGUCAAAUUCGGAUGAUCCGGAUGUGCACAGCAUAUUAAACCGGAUCAUCAUGCCCGAAUCCAUCAAAAAGCAUUCUAAUAACUGGAACAAUGUGGACUACUUGAUCUUCAACACCUACAUAUGGUGGAUGAACACUCCCUCUAUGAAAGUUCUACGAGGAUCGUUUGAUGAUGGUUCCACGGAGUAUGAUGAGAUCGAACGGCCAGUAGCCUAUGGGAGGGUUUUGAGGACAUGGUCCCAAUGGGUGGAGGAGAAUGUGGAUCCUAAUCGUACCACAGUCUUCUUCAUGAGCAUGUCUCCUCUUCAUAUCAGGAGUUUGGACUGGAAAAACCCAGAAGGCAUCAAAUGUGCCAAGGAGACUACUCCAAUUCUGAACUUGUCCAUGCCACUAAACGUGGGUGUAGACCGUCGACUCCUAGUUAUCGCUGCCAAUGUGACCAAAUCAAUGAAAGUCCCAGUCCACUUCCUCAACAUAACCACCCUCUCUGAGUACCGGAAAGACGCUCAUACCUCGAUCUACACCAUCCGGCAAGGCAAUAUGCUCACGGACGAGCAAAAAGCCAACCCGGCCAUCUUUGCUGACUGUAUUCAUUGGUGCCUCCCGGGUUUACCCGAUACAUGGAAUGAGUUUCUCUACACACGUAUAAUUUCUCAUUCUUGA